AUGCAGAUGGUGGAAGCCCUGUGCAUCAAGCCAACUCUCACAGGUGAAGAAUCUGAUAUGAUUUAUACCACAUGGCUGCAUGAAGAUGAUGAUGACAGCGUAGAUGAUUCAAGUGACAUUAAAAAGGCAUUACACAAGCCACAGAAAAUCGAAAGGGAUUUUACAACAAAGCCAACUGUGCACCUUGCAUCAGCUAAUGUGUCAAUACGCAACAGCAAAGAUAUUAUUGACACGUUUGACAGACCUGCAGAUACCAAUGCAGAAGGCACUUAUGCUCGAAGUGGAACAAAUGCAGUAAGUCCUGAAGAUGAACCAGGAAAGAGGAUUCCCAAAGCUGGAGCCUUCGCAGAAGCAGGAGUUGGACGAGCUCGUGCUGAAUACAGUGUAUUUGAGGCAGAAGCUAAAGGUCCAAACGCCUCGGCUGGUGCUGAAGCCAGUGUGAUUGGAGCUGGAGCAAUGGCUCGGGCUGAACUUGCCAGUGUAUCAGCUAAAGCCGGUCCAGUCAGUGCAAAAUUGGGACUUGGAUUUGACACGGGUGCAUCUGUUGGUGUGGAUGGGUUGGAGACCAAAUUAUUGGGAACUGGAAUCUCAAUUGGUCCAAAAACCAGUAUAUCUCUUCUGGGUUCAGUAGUGUCAUGUUCAGUCAUAUAAUCAUGCAGGUGUGUUUAAUUAGAUUACACCAAGUCCAGUUUGGAUUUCAGAUGACGGCAUACUUCAGAUCGACGUACAAAACUGUCAAAUAUUAUCCUUGUAUUGUAAUCAU